CCGGUGGUGAUAUUUCCUUUUCCGGUCAGCUGACCUCCCCCAGUGAUCACAUGACCGGUGGUGAGGAUGAAGAUGGCGGUGCUGUGUUCGGUGUUGGUGAUGAGUUGUGUGCUGAUGAGUUGUGUGCUGAUGAUCCGGGCUCAGGAGGAGGUGGAGAUCUGCAGCCAGUGCCCAGGGAGCCUACGCAACGGAUCAGAAGUGGCCCGUCUAUGCACAGGAACCCCUGAGGCGGAAGUUGUGGGUCGCUGCUGUGUAAAGCCUCCAGGAGGCAAUAUUAUUGGACUGGAUCUCUGGAACUGCUCCAUCUCCAGCCUGGACUCCGGGCUCCACCUUACCGCCGCAAUCGCUGUCAUGGACCUUUCCCAGAAUCCUCUGCAGGAGCUGCGCCAGGACUUCUUCCAGGGACUGACAGGCCUGCGCUAUCUAGCUCUGCCAGUGAACAUCAGUUGCCCCGGAGGUAAUGAGUCCUGGGGUAAUGUGGAGAGAAGAUCGGAUGGCUGGAUCUGCCAGGAUCAGCAGAGUACCUGUAACGUCACUGGAGAUUUGGCGGUGCUGUGCCCAGAGAACUCCCUGUGCGCUCCCGAUGGUCCGGGAUACACGCAGUGCGUCUGUGCUGCCGGAUUCACUGGCUACAAAUGUAUGAGAGAGGGCUCCUUCCCCACACUCAUGUUUUUCGGGAUCCUGUCCUCCGUCACCGUCACUCUGUCCAUCCUGCUGUGGUGCACUCAGAGGAAGAAGGUGAAGAGUCUGUAGGCGGAGUCUGGCUGAUGGGAGGAGGACAUGUUUACACGCCUCCAAUCAGAACGACCUACCUGAAAAUCUAUAGAACAGCUCAGACGGCGGGAGAUGAGGAUUGGUGUUGGUCCAUCGCACGCACCCUAAGGACAGCCCACAAGGACCCCUUUUCAUGACUGUUCGGGGAUUGUUGAGCUCCUCAGUGCAGGACGGGGUUUUCUCUAUGGAUAUAUAUCAAUGUUUGGUGGAUGGUGUAGGGGGCGGGGCCUUUGUUUUCUCAUAUAUUCUCCUCUGCUGUACUUUUCUCUGUUUUAUCCUCAAUUUAUAUAUGGCCGCCCUUCCCUGUCUAAAGACAAGUUUGUUACGGGUGGGGCGCUCAUCCUAUAGGACUCGCAAAGCCCC